CCUCGGACGUGAGCGGUUGCUCGACACUUUCAACGGAAUAAUUGUUGCUGCUGCUAACACAUUUCAAGCGAGAACGGUUAUUUUUAGGUUAACGACGAACGAAAAACAGAAGAAAAAGCUCGAGCAAACAAUUUGAUCCUCGACCGGUCGAUGCUUCCCUCGGGUGGUGCUGCUACAGCUUCCACAAGGUGGAUUCGUUGAGUCUCGGUGUGAUAAGCAAUCAGUGAGCCCGAAAAUGCCUAGCCCGAACGAAAACAAAACGCCGAACCGGAUGUCGCCGGAGGCGAUGGCGGCUGUAAAGGCGAUCCGGGCGCUGGUGUCCUCCCUGAAGGAAACGUCCACCGUGCUCAGCGUGAUGCGUGACUACCGGGCGAUGGAGGGCGAGUCGCUGCCAUACCGGAAGUUCGGCUUCAACACCGUGGAGGAUUUUCUGCGUGCGAGCGGAGAGUUCGUGAUAAAGCAGGCGCCCGGCGACGCUUCCCGAAUCUAUAUCAAACCGAACAGCGACUCGGCCCACAUCCUGCAGAUGGUGUCGGCGCAGAAGACUUCCGCGACUGCGCGGGGUGGCGCGAAACGCUUCGUUGCCCUGCGUCAACCGGCGGGACCGUCGCUGAGUGGUGGGCGCGGGUUCGGUGGAAAUGCGACUCAGUACAGCCGCAUCUAUCAGCAGCUGCCGUACAGUGGCCGAAACAAUGGGAACUCCAGUGUGAGCCCCAAGAAAAUAUCCUUCAAAAAUCCUCCGGCGACGACGACCACGACCACGACGACGGCGAAAACAACCCGUCCGAUCCUCAAAACGUCACCACCCAACGGCAGUGCGGCGGGUGGCAGGAGCGAAACGAACAACAACAAUAAGGCAACGAAAAAUCUAAACGGUCAACAGCAACCACAGCUUUCUUCCGCUGACUUACGGCACGUUUUGAACGAACGGAAUGGCAUCUUGAGCCGCUCGUCGGUGGAGAUGCGCCAGCCUAGCAAGGCGCUGCCGCUUUCCAUUACGAUCAGCAACAACGUUGCACGGAAGCUUCCCUUCGCCUCCGAUAAGACGCCAGUGGCGAAGCCGCAGCAGAAACAACAGGUGCAACAACAGGUGCAACAGCAACAACAGCAAAAACAACAACAACAACAACAGCAGCAGCAAAAACAACUACAGCCGGCGAGUAAGUCAUCGAAGAUUUUACCACUAAUGACCAUCGACGUCAAGCCACCAGAAUCGCUGGUGGCGGCGGCGGCGCCAUCAUUCUCCCCAGUUCCUGUCAAGAGCGUCAAUUCGCGCCUUCUUCUGGCAAAAGCCACAAUGCCCUCUACGACGCAUGAACAAACGCCCCAAACCACCCAUCCUCCCUCAAAUAACAACUUCCAGCGAGCCCAGUCCCUCGACGAGCGGACACCGACGACACCGUCGUAUCACGUUCCUACUGCUGUGCGCAACGUGCCACAGCAGCAAAUAAUGACCACGCCGUAUAGUCCCUUUGGCAUUGUUCCGCUGCCGGCGUCACUUCCCGGGAAGAAAUCGUUGCAGGAUCGCCUCAAGGCAAACCAGCAGUUAGACGAGAAGGACCAGGCACGGUUGCCGUUGCCGCUGCAGCCGCAACCGCAACCACCAAACCCCUUCGAAAGGGCUCUUUCCAUCACGAGCGCCAACGGUACGACUACCAGUGUGCCCAGCAUCAGCGAGCAGAUAAACGCGUUCGCCCCAACGACCAAACCGACCUCGUUCAGCUGGAAUGACCCGAACGCGACACCGGUCGAGCUGCUGGUGAAGUACAGUUGCUACAAGGGCUACGGCCGGCCCGAGUAUCGUUACUACCGGCAGAAGAACGGGCGCAUCCAGUGCAAGGUGACGCUGAAUGGCUCCUCGUACACGACCUACCCGGCCGACUACGGCAACCAGUUCGAGGGGCAGUUCGCGGCCGCGCUCGUCGCGAUCGAAGCGCUCCAGCGCGACGAAUCGAGGCAGACGUACAGCGUGUGUCUCGAUUCCGAUCCGGACAUUGCGAGCACCAUCUACGAGCUGCUGGCGACCUGCCGGAGCGGUAUGUUCAGCAAGAACAUACCGGACGCGUUCCUGGCCGCACACCAUGCGCUCCUGCCCGACCACUGGUUCUCCAUCAUUGACCGGUACUCGAAUCAGCUGUUCCAGCUGGAGGAAACGUCCGGCGAUACGAUUGUGCUAGCGCGCCCGCAACCAUCCGGUUCGGACGUCGAGUCGAACACGUCCGAGGCACGCCAGAUGGCGAUGAAUCAGCUUCCGUUGCCCUGGAACGAGCAGUACUGGAAUCUGUACAUCACCAAUCCCGUUUCGACGGUCGAGGUUUGGGCGCGACUCGUCGGCCAGGAGUACAGUGACAAGAUGGACGCGCUCAUCACGGACAUCGAGAUGUCGAUGCUGAACUUUCAGCCGAAGGCGGAAGAGGUGGUGGCGGCCGUCGGCGAGUACUAUCUGGUGGUGAUCACCGACUGCUGGUACCGGGUGCGCGUGGACGAGAUCAACUAUGAGGCGAACCAGUGCCAGUGCUUCUUUAUCGACAUCGGCGAGCGGGAGCAGCUCGCACUGGAUGCGCUCUACCCGUGCGACCCGAAGUACCUGCAGCUACCGGGACAGGCGAAGUGCUUCUCGCUCGACGGUCUGGAGGAUUUCAGCGAAAACCCGAAGGGAAAGCACCACCUGCAGGAUUUGCUUGCCGGGCGCGUCUUUAUCGCGCAGGUGCUGACGAAACGGGAGGACUACGAGGCUGCGGAGCAGAGCGACGGUCCGGACACGUGCACGCUCAAACUGAUGCUGUACGACACAUCGACGCAGAACGAUGUACUGCUCAAUCCGAUCAUACUGACGCGCAUCUGCGACGACACGCCGACACCGGAGCUCAACCUGAAGGUGGUCAACUACGUCACCAUCUCGUACGUGGACGACCAGGGCGACGUGUACUGCCAGAAGGCCGGCAACAUGAAGUACAUCCAGAAAUUGAUCACCAACCUCACCCAAUCGAACGCACUCGAGGGUGAAUACCGUGGUUUAUACACAUCGACGUCUGAAACGUUGCUACAUCAGCGGCUGUACCUGGUGCAGGACGAAACCGACGGCAAGUGGUACCGGGCGGCGCUGGACGCCAAAGAGUCCGGCCCGAACUGCCGGAUGCUGUACGUGGACGUCGGGUGUCGGCGGCGCGUGAACGUGGCCAACAUCUACCGGCUGGAGAUGAUCAGUCUGGCCCUGAACCGCUACCCGGCGCAGGCAAUCCGGAUGCGAAUGUUCGAGCUGCCGGACUGCAGUGAGCCGCAGGUGUUGGCCCGGCUGCGCGCCUUCCUCCGUCCGGCCAUGUCGGCGAUGGCGAAGGUGUUCGGCAUGGAAACGGGCACACUGCCACUGGUGAAGCUGUACGUGCAUGUGGCGGACGGUGGCGAUGAGGGCAAGAAGAUCCUGGUGUGCGUGAACGAGGCGAUCAAGAUCGAGCAGGAGCUCGAGAUCAACUCCGAGCUGAUCAACUCGCCGCGUGUCGCCGAGGGUUCGAUCCCUUCGUCCUCGUCGGACACGGAAACGACAGUCGGCACGAUAAACUCCCAGUCCACCGGUGGUUACACGCUCUCCAGUGCCGACGGGAAGGAUCUGUCCAACCGCUUCGACGGGCUUAACCUCAGCCCAACACCGUUGUCCCCCGAGAUCGCUGCAAAAAAAUCUAGCUCCACACCGACGGCCUCCACAACGGCUACGACCAACGGCGAGCGGAAAGAAGCGAUUGCCAAGCUGGCCAAAGUAACGCUCCCGGCCGUCGGCAAGCUGUUCGACGUGAAGGUAACGAUCGCAUCCAGCCCCAAGUUCUUCAUCAUCCAACCGUACGCGCAAGCGAAGCAGCUGGAUCAGCUGAUGCAAGAGCUGCAGAAAUUCUGCAUGACGAAAGCGCAACCCGUCCGGAAGGAUCAGGUCCGCCAGGGUGAAGCGUACGCCGCACUGAACCGUGACGGGCACUGGUACCGAAUCACGGUGGUGAAUAUCAUCCUGUUCGGACCGACACCGAUCCACGCUUACUUCUGCGACUUUGGGCUGGUAGCGAUGCUGGAUGUCGCGAACCUUCGGGUUUUGCCGGCCAAGUUCCGCGUGCUGCCACAGCAAGCGAUCAAGGCGAAGCUCUACGGCGUUAAGCCAACCAACAAAGACUGGGUGACCGCGGACGCAGUACGCUUCCAGCAGCUUACGACCGAGCGUAAGUUCGCCAGCGUCGUGCGAAAAGUCGAGGAGGACGAGUUCAACCGGCACGAGGAGCUGGUCGAGCUGGAGCUGAUCGACGUGUCCACCGACGACGACAUCCUCAUCCACAAGGUGCUCGUGGACGAGGGUCGUGCCAUCUAUACGGCCGAGGCGCAUACGGUGUGAGCAAAACCACAACCUAACCUGAUCGAGUUAUCGUAUCGUCGUUCAUCUCAUCGUAAACACUCAUUUAACCACAACCAUAUUUAACGAUCGUGUUAAGCAUUCCAUGGUGGUUAUCUACUCAUCGAUAUUUAUUAUAUACGCUACUUACGUUAAAGGCGAUCGAGAUUUUAGCACCCCCGCUAUUUUCAACUAAGCCACGCCAAAAUGGUGUCCCGAAGCAAGUUGUGUGGAAGGAUCGAAUCCUUUACACAGCAAACCAUUUUGUAAUCAUGUGGCGCUGGCAGGAUGGCGUAAAUUAUUAUUUCAUUUUCCUUUUUUUUAAAGAAUUGAAUGUUUAAGACGCGUACAGCUAUUAUAACUUCAAGACUUUUCGAUUAUCUAAUCGCACGAACGCUAACGCUACCAACGCUAUCCCGAUGGUUCAAUGUUUAGAGAACAUUACUAACCCUUGCUGGGAAGCGCGAAAAAGCGUCCCUUAAUUCUUUUCAUCUUGCGAUUCUUGUUUUUUUUUUAACUAUUUCUUGUACGACAAGAUUAUCGAGCGAAAUAUUAAUAUUAGAAAGAUAGAAUUUAAUGAAAGCAAACGAAGUGUGUGGGAAGCAGGAUUUCCUUUCUCUUCUGACGGUUCAGGGGGAAAACGGUACACGCACCGUUUGGUGGGACGAUAAAGAUCCACAAAUUAGUGCAGCCAAAUUUGUGAUGCUGAAGAAAUACAGAAUGUAUUAUAGGAACGCGAAAAUUUGCCAAAAUUGUUUUACCGGCUUGCUUUGAUCGGUAAUCUUUUUCCGUUCGGUAUUGAAUAAGGAGCGAACAUUAUUAAUCAUGGCGGCUAUCGAAGGUCGCAUACGUUGUAUUUCUUUGAAACCUUCCCAUCGGGCAUCUAAUACUGCAAGGGAAAACGAGAAGCAGUAAAUAAACCUAGCGUAAGCGAAUGAUGAAUGAUGGAAUGAAUUAGUUUGAAAGCAUAUUUUUUACACGAUAAAUCAUCCAAAGGAUGGCGGGGAUUGAAAGCUUCUCGAGAAAGAGCUAAUUUGCUUGCAAACAAGAAGUCCUAGACUUCGAGACUUUUGUGAUUGUGAUACUGCUGAAUCAAACAAACAACAAAAAGCAAUUUGUUGGUUGUCUGUUUUCAGGCGUUUUGUUUUUCGAUUGGAGAUUGAAUGUUUAUUUUUUUUAAACACAAACAUGGGAUAGAUAUAUUUAACGUUGAAGUGGUAUGAUCGCGAAUAAUCAAGGACGAGAGACUGAGAGGCCGGAAGACGGAGGGAAAAAUGAAUUAAGGAUUUAAUUCAAGUGCCUGACAGAAGGAUACUAACGUACGGAAGUAAUUGUUUGCGCACGCGAAUUCUGACGAUUUCAAUUGCACCAUUUCUCCCGUGUUUGGUUGUGUCUUUACAAUAACGGCUCUUUAUAUUCCGCUGUUUGUUGAUGCUCGAGAGCCACAAUGUUAUUUUUAAUUAGUUAUUUAUCAAACGCAGCUCGUAAACAUUAUAGGUGUUUUUUUUUUCUAUUGUGUUAACACUGUUUUCUACAUCGGGAGGCUAAUACGAAUUCAAAUGGAUGUGAUUGUGAUGCACAUAUUGCCAGUGUGUGCCAACAACAAGGGUCGAUUUUAUGGGAGUUAAACGUUUUUUAAUACUUUUUAUAUUAUCAGUAGUUUUGAUAGCUAUUUCUUUUAUGUUCAUUUGAAAUUAAUGCACGCACGGGUUUCUUCCUUAUUAACACUGUUGAUCUUCUUUCAAUUACCACAACAAUAUCUACUUACAAUUCAUCUAACGAUAGGAAACGGACAAGCUAUCAUAUACUAAAAAGAAAAAGAAAAAAACAGAAAAGUGGUAUGGAUUGGACUUAGAGAUUCCUGGAGAGUAAAAUCAUUUUGAAUUAGAUUUAAAAAACGUGCAUCAUUAAAUCAAUAAGAAAUAUUCCUAGCUUAUCAAAAAUGUCACAUACCACUUGAGUGAAUAACAGAAGAACUACAGUCUAAAGUUACUAUGGAUGAUUACUGAAACAUGUAUUUAGCUAACUGUUUACUGUAUCGGCUUUCCUGUUAUUAUCUAUCUGUGAGGAGAUAUGUCCUUCUAUUGAAGUUCAUUGUGAAAGAUGCGUUGUCUGUUUUAUCCCUAUUUAUCCCCUUCCCCCGUUACACGUUACUACUAUUGCACUUGGUUACUAUUGCACUCGACUUAUUAUUAUCGCAUGUGAUGUCAGUUUUACAUUUUAUAUACCGUUUUUCAUAGUCGCUUUACUACUACUCUUAUUUAGGAAUGUGUUGCAACUACACUGAAAUUAUUAACCCGGAGGGUAAGAAAGUAGUAUGAAAAGAUAUUUAAAAAGAAGAAGAAAAAAAACGAAUGCUCAAAGUUAAAACGAACGACUAAAAACACACCACCAGCAUUAUAUAUGUGUGAACUUU